CGCGCUGGCCGGUUGCUCAGAGGAUUCGGCCGCGGGGCACGGGCGCUGCCGGAAGCAGGGGCGGGGUGCGCCCGCACGGGAUGCUGUGAAGGGCGAGCGGGUCGGCAGCGAUGAGCGCCUCUGCGGCCACCGGGGUCUUCGUGCUGUCCCUCUCGGCCAUCCCGGUCACCUAUGUCUUCAACCACCUGGCCGCCCAGCAGCACUUCUGGACAAUUGUCGGGGUUGCUGCCCUCAUCCUGCUCCUGGUAGCCCUGUUGGCUCGAUUCCUCGUCAAAAGAAAGCCACCCCGGGACCCGUUGUUCUAUGUGUACGCAGUGUUCGGCUUUACCAGCGUGGUGAACCUCAUCACAGGACUGGAGCAGGACGGCGUCAUUGACGGCUUCAUGGCACACUACCUGCGAGAGGGCGAACCGUACCUGAACACGGCCUACGGGCACAUGAUCUGCUACUGGGACGGCUCUGCUCAUUAUCUCAUGUAUCUGGUGAUGGUGGCGGCCAUAGCCUGGGAGGAAAGCUAUAGAACCAUUGGCCUAUACUGGGUCGGGUCUAUUAUGAUGAGCAUGGUUGUUUUUGUGCCAGGAAACAUUGUGGGGAAGUACGGAACGCGCAUUUGCCCUGCCUUCUUCUUGAGCAUACCAUACACUUGUCUUCCUCUCUGGGCUGGUUUCAGAAUCUAUCAUCAGCCAUCAGAAAAUUACCACUAUCCCGCAAAGGUCGUUCAGGAAGUCCAAGCGAAGGACCUGCUGAGAAGACCAUUGGAUUUCAUGUUGGCCGUCUGUCUCCUCCUGGCAACUGGAUUUAGCCUGUUUAGAGGCCUGAUUGCGCUGGAUUGCCCAGCGGAGGUCUGCCGACUUUAUACACAAUUUCAAGAGCCCUACCUAAAGGAUCCUGCUGCUUAUCCUAAAAUCCAGAUGCUGGUGUACCUGUUCUACUCCGUCCCGUAUUUCCUGGUGGCGCUGUAUGGGCUGGUGGUGCCAGGCUGCUCCUGGAUGGCUGACGUGACGCUGAUCCACGCUGGAGGCCUGGCUCAGGCUCAGUUUUCGCACAUCGGUGCUUCUCUUCACGCUAGAACUGCUUAUGUCUACAGAGUCCCCGAAGACGCGAAAGUCCUCUUUCUAGCCUUAAACAUAGCAUACGGCGUUCUUCCUCAGCUCCUGGCCUACCGCUGUAUCUACAAACCAGAAUUCUUCAUGAAAACAAAGGCGGAGGAGAAAGCUGACUAAAGCACGAUGUCACGUGGCUCUUCUCUGGAGGACCGACUCGGGCUCCCCUGGUACUGAUGCUCCGCCCCAUUCCACUCCCUGCCCACACAGGGACACGUGAGGCUGCCGGCCGCUUGUCCUCCGCCGUGUAUGUGAGCUGCAUAUGGGAUUGUGUGGGUAAAUUGUCUUUUUAAAAAAAAUGUUUGAAGGAAAGCUCAAAGUGUUGAGACACUGUUUAAAGAAUACCUUCAAAAUUUUUUUGUGAAUAAACUUGACCAUCUAUGUCAAUAUUGUUUGCACAUAUUAAAUGUAAGUGUGAAAAAUUACAGUUUAGCUCUUGUAACAGUGAGCGUGGAAGUGAAGCCAUUCAAAAGUGAAUAUGGUUCAUGUGUAUUGAAAGUUCAAAAAAGCAAAUAGAUUGGGUAGUUUUGCAUAUUAGAUGUAUAUGCUCCAUUAUCAACAUUGAUAGAAAAGGCAAAUUAUUAGAGUAUUUUAAAAUGUUAUUUGAAAAAUGUUUUCCCAAGGAAAGUGUAUUAUUAUUCACUGCUGUUUUAAAAACUGUUUUUACUAAAACUUUUUCAGUUUAACUAGCUAAGGAGGGAUUGAUAACUUGAUCAUUAUCCUUAAUGGAAUACUUGUUUUACUGGUGACUGCAGGUAUUUCUACUGUAUUUCUGUGUAUAUUUUUAAUAAAAUUGUUUGUCUUUUUAUGAUGACAAAUCUUAUUAAAUUUGAAGCGUUUUCCAGAAGGUUCGGUAGUUAUUUUAAAAGGCUGUCAUUUCUGUGUUCCAAUUCCAAA